CAGGAUGUGACCUGUGGGAUAGUUCUGGGCAUCUUUGGUAACGCUGAGUUUGAAAAAGAGGAAGGCCUUGUUUUAUAUGUCUGCAGGAUUUAUCCCUCCCGACCCUAUGAUGGAAUAGAUCUUGUAGGAGACUCUCUCCCCCCAUCGCUUACUUUUCUUUUGGCGAUGAGAUGGAGCUUUGACUGAAAGGCCAUGGGGCAGGACGUAGAGGGGCAGGCCGGACAGCAAAGCAGCGCCACGUCCCUUCAGGACCUUUGUGAAUGGAUGUCCUGCUAUGACAAGAAGUUGCGGCGGACGGGGCCGGAGCAGCUCAACAGGCACGCCGACCUCAUCCUGGCCCCCCUACACUCCCGUGUGAACGGCUGGUCUCUGCCUCUCCACUCCUUCCAGCUGGUCACCCUGGGGCUGUAUGCCUACCUGGCCAUUGUGGGCUUCGGCAUCUACGUCCCUCUUCUCCCAUAUGGGUGGAAGCACGUGGCCUACACUGUGAUUGGCCUACUUUUUACACAUCACUUGAUUACUCAUCUGGUUGCGGUCACGAUCGAUCCAGCAGAUCAAAACGUAUUGGCCAGGAAAAAUUACGACAAACCCAUGCCAAUUUUUGAUCGAAGCAAAUGCAAGCAUGUGAUUGAAAACCAGCGCUGCUACCUUUGUGAAGUUGACGUAGGGCCAAAAGCCAAACAUUGUAGUAUCUGCAAUAAGUGUAUUGCGGACUUUGACCACCACUGCAACUGGCUGAAUAACUGUGUUGGAAGCAAAAAUUACUGGUUUUUCUUCAACGCGGUGGCUUCAGCCGUGCUUGGGCUUUUUCUGCUCAUCCUGGUGAUCCUCUAUGUCUUCAUCCAGUAUUUUGUGAAUCCUGCAGAACUCCGCACAUCUCCUCAGUUUGAAAGUCUCAGUGGGAACGGCACGUGGCUGGUCUUCCUUCCUGUUGCUCCGGCAGAGACCACGGCAGUCGUAGUCAUUUCCCUCGCAGCGUUAACUCUGCUUUUGGGGUUUGCUUCUUUCAUACCACUUGGACAUUUGUUGCUGUUUCAUCUUUACCUCUUGGUUAAGAAGCUGAGCACAUAUGAAUACAUGACUCGACAUCGACACCAUAAUAAUACUGUGGCUCAGGAAAUAAAUGUGGAAGCAACAUUAGAUGGAUCAAGCAGAAUGGAACCCUUGCAGGAUUUAACUGAAGUAAGACAGCCAAAGCCUUUGGAAAUUGCAGGCCUCCCAGCAUCAGGACUGUGACCACAUAUUAACUGCAGUUACAGAAACAGCCUCGAGGACAAGCCAGCGUCCACAGAGAUGGUCUUAUCUGCGAAGGGUUUCCCGAGGAAUUUCACAGCAGGGCAGUACUGAGUUCCACCAAGGGAUGUGAGUCAUGAAGCCCCUUUCAGCAAUGGUGGACAGCUGGUUACUGUUCUGUAGAGAUCUGCUUGUUGGAUCACAAUUGGACACUGCCGUGACUAGAGGGGGAUGUCCCCUCUCAACCGAACCGAGCUUGCUCCUUUUAACCGACAAGAGGGUGCUAUUGAUAUCGAAGACUGUGCACUGCCGGCAUGUCGAAAACGCGUUUAAUUUGGGGCAGUCGGCCAAAGUUCAAAUUGGAUGUUGCAGUGCCCUCUUCUCUGAUAAUAUAGGGCUCUGAGAUUUUUUACCUGCUCGCAAUGAAUUUCUGAAGAUUGGCUGUGAGCUGCCUGUGAGCUGAUAAGCAGGCAGGAGAUAUGCGAGUACUGUACUAGGAUGAGGAAGUCCUCCUGAGGCCUACAUUGAUGCCUUCUUUGCUUUCGUCUCCAGCUUAUGUUCACGGUGUGAACAGCCGGAGAGUGAGCAGGUAUGAGGCCAAAACAGCUGUUCAUAGGUCCUUCAGAACCAGCUGUGGCCGUUUGGUGCCUUCAGGCAAAGAUUUCCCUGUUAUGGAAAGACCAGCAGACUUGUGCAGUGGAAGAUCACUGGAUUUGGAAAACAAGAUUCAAGUCCAGCAGCACUUUUAAAAACAACAAGAUUUUCAGGGUAUAAGCAUUUGGGAGUCCGUGCUCCCUUCUUCGGAUACCAGUAAGGGACUCUUCUUCAGACAAUGGGAGCUCAGACUCUCGAAAGCUCACACCUUGGAAAUCUCAGUGGUCUUUCAGGUGCUGCUGGACUUGAAUCUUGCUCUUACACAGCGGACCAACAUGGAUACCUGCCUGAAACUACCUUCAUGGAUAGGAGAGAGAUUGCGGAUGCUUGUGGGAGUGGCCAGGUUUACAGCGUUCUGCCCAAUUUGUAUCAAGUGUUGCUAGAAGAGGUGCUGCUGCUCUUUGGGAACCCAGCUGGAGAGGACUCCCCUUUUCUUCUUUACUCUGAAAACCAGCUUUUGUAAGCAGUUGAUUGUGUAACGGAACGUCUCAUUUUUAAAAAUCAUCUUUUUAAAAAACAAAUAAUUCAUACGAGUUUUGUGGCUUUGAUAGGAACGUUUUAAUGAAUUCCCCAAAACACAAUGUGGUGAGUUGUGAGCACUAGGUUAAAACUGAGCCUUCUGCAUUGAAAUUUAUGAAAAGGGCACUUCUGAUUUGCACUUUAUGUGGGAAUGGGGUGCUUUUUUAAUACAGUGGAGUUCUCUAGAUUUGUUUUUAAAGCAAAAUAUUUCUA